AUGUCGAGUGCGGUGUCAGUAAGCUCGCUCGAGGCUGCGCGCCCAAACGCAAAGUCAGAUAUAUCGCCAGGAUGGAAACCAUCAAAGCAGAUCAAGCUCAUCGUCCUCGGCCAGAUAUGUGUCCUGUUUGCGAUAAGCUUGGACAUGACGAUACUCACAGCUACCUUACCAACUGUCGCGCAAGCACUCCAUGCAGAUUCCGUCGAAACUUUCUGGAUCGCAGCCUCAUAUCUCCUCGCCAACGCUGUUGUUCAACCCCUCAUGGCCGCCUUAGCCGACAUCUUCGGUCGCCGCUCAGUGAUCUUCUCAGCACUCGCGCUCUUCACCAUCGGCUCCAUCAUCUGCUGCGCAGCCAACAAUGUUGCUGCGAUGCUGGCCGGUAGAACAAUUCAGGGAAUUGGCGGCGGGGGGAUCCUCAGCGUCAAUCUGAUCAUCAUCUCUGAUCUGAUCCCCCUCAGAGCUCGUCCCAAAUUCAUCAGCAUCCAGCAGCUGGUCGUUUCUAUUGGCUUCAACAUCGCACCCAUCAUCGGCGGCGUCUUGGUCAAGGCCACAACUUGGCGCUGGCUGUUCUACAUCAAUUUGCCAUUCUGCGGCAUCGGACUCAUCGUGAUUCCUUUCGUGCUCAAGUAUCAAAAGCCCGUGUCCACUCUUGGCGAGAAGUUGAGCUCGGUAGACUGGAUCGGCUCGACUUCUUUCGUCGCCGGCAUGACGGCAACUCUUGUCGGUCUCACCUGGGGCGGCUCGCAAUAUUCCUGGACAUCGGCCGCUACGCUCAUCCCAUUGAUCGGCGGAAUCGUCGUCGUGUGUGGCACUGGUCUUCACGAGAAAUACCUCGCAACAACGACGUUUCUUCGAACAUCGCUUUUCUCGACUUGGUCGGCAAUCGCCAUAUACUUCUGUACAGUACUGCAGGGUCUCACGCUCUUCAGCGAACUCUACUUCCUGUGCCUGUACUUGCUCUCGGUCAAACUCUACACACCUCUGGAAGCCGGAACCUAUCUGCUAGCCUUCUCAGCAGUCUGUGUUCCAACGAGCGGCAUUGUUGGUCCUUUCAUCACACGUGUCGGUUCCUAUCGCUGGGCCACAUGGAUUGGAUGGACCAUGACAACGUUGAGUCUCGGUCUCCUCACUCUCUUGAACGUCCACACUCAUACUGCUGUCUGGGUCGUCCUCUUCAUCAUUGCAGGCUUAGGCCAAGGGAUCUUGUUCAUCGCUCAUUCAGUUGCAUCGCAAGCAGCAUGUCAACAGAAAGAUGCUACUCAUGCGAGCGCAAUGUACAGCUUCAUGCGCAGUCUUGGUCUCUGCUUAGGAGUCGCUCUUGGAGGCACUAUCUGGACCAAUUUCUUCGCAAAGCGACUUGCGGAUCUCGGUAUUCCCGCGGAAAUCGCGAAGAGCGGCGAGGUUGCAGUCUACAUUCUCAAGACUAUGACAGACCUCACCCUUAAGGAGAGCAUCAUCGGGGCAAUCGCCUGGUCAUUCCGAAUGCUGUUCGCAACGCUUUGUGGCAUCAGUGGACUAGGACUAAUCAUUGCAUUUUGCUUCAUCAAAGAAGAGCCUCUAGCCUACGACUGCUGUUUUAUCUAA